UGCUCUGGCAGAGGUCAAUUAGACCAUGAAUAGAUUAUAUGAUGCAUGCCGAAGUCAGUUUCGAAGUGUACGUGUAAUUUAUGAAGAUAUUGCACAAGGAUUCCCAAAUGCAGUAAUUAGUGUGUCAUUCGAUUCAAUAUCUAAUGACUUAUAUCGGUGGCAACGUCUGGGACAGGCGGAAUUACCGAUUCCGACGACACUUAGCGAAUUCAACAUCAUCAUUCACUCGGUAGAAUUUUUCCCUUUUACAAUGCAUGACAGUGGGAGAGUGUCAGUUCGGUCAACAUCCCACGGCGAAGAAGCAUCGACGUCUGUUGUUUUUGGCGAUCUCGAUUUCAUUAACGGUCUUGGAGUUAUUGACAACUUACAUUUUGUCACGACAUCGUCGAAAGUUCCCGGUACUUUGACAAACAUGAAUGCUUGCGAAGUAAUGACUGUUGUGGUUAAUUAUAAUAAUUAUGCUUUUCCAAUCUUGUGGGUAUUAAUCCCAAACCGCUUGCGUAGGACCUAUGACUUCAUUAUGGAUAAAAUUUCGACUUUCUUCGGAAUUAAUAAUAAUCCGAUAGAGAUUUGCACUGAUUUCGAACGUCGGCUGCAUGGAAGCCUCACAGUUUCUUUUCCGGAGACAACUGUCCAAACGACCUAUCAUUCUUACUGUUGGGCUUUAUUAAUGGAAGCUGAAAUGCGAGGUCUUUUACCAUUCAACAUCGACGUAAAAAUUAUCUUUAAAAAAUUAAUUGCCUUGAGCUGUUUGCCGGCAGAAGAUAUUCCGGCUAUGUUUGUUGAAAUAAAAAAUUCAGCAUCACCAGCAGUUCAAGCUACUUUGAGAGAAUUUUUCGAUUAUUUUGAAAAUGCCUGGAUUAACGGUGUGACUCCGAGAUUAUUUAGUUUUUACGAGAAGUUGGAGGUGAUGACAGACUGUGGAGUGACUGGUCAAGUUUCAUUAUGCCAAUCUCUGAGUAUUGAUGGUAAUAUCUGGGCAUUUACCCAGCAAAUCCUUAAAAUUUCCAAUCAAUCGACAAAAGACUUCGGAAGAAUGCAACGGCAACGAAGAAUAAAUGUAACACCGCGAGUGCGGCUUGUAAUUAAGCGGGAUAAAAUGGAGCGUGCAUGGAAGAUGUUCGCAACACAGAAGAUUACUCUUUCCCGACUAUUUCAGCUGGCGACCGUUUUAGUCAGUGAACACGUUGAGAUGCUGCUGUACCGCAAUGACUUCACACUUGUUGAUUGUGAGCUACUUUCUCCUAACGAGAUGGCAAAUGACGCCGAAUUUGAAGAUUUUGAAUAUUUGAUUGAUGUCAAUGAUGAAGAGGCAGAAUAAUAAAAUGAUC